AUGAGCUCUAGCCUGACGGAGAGGACAGAGAGGACGGAGAGGGCCGAGGAUGGGCGUGACAGAGCUGCCAUGGAGACAAGUGCAGACGAAGACGUGACCGACCUUUCGAUGGCGGAUGGCGAGAGCGUCGGAUCUGGCCACGACGCUGAUCAGACGAACAAGACGGACAAUGCAGACGAUGACGACGAUAGCAAGACCAUCCGGGGCGACGAUGCUGCUCUCGACAGCCCUGAUCUGGUCAGCAUGGACGGGGGUUCCUCGCAGCCGCCGGCAGUGCUGGCGCCGAGCAACGGAACGACGCUGGGCAGCCGAUAUCGCGGCCUCGUCCAGGACCAGCAGCAGCAGGACACCAUGUCCGAAGACGGCUCGGCCUUGGGCCUGCCCCGACGGCCGGGCAGCCCAUCAGGGUCGGUGCUGUCGGUGUCAGAAUCGACCACAUCCACGGCCCAGCGCUCGGGCAUCUCUUCUUUCGGCGGUAGCAGCAUCUUUCCGUCGGGCAGCUCGACGCGAUCCGGGUUCCGGGGCUCGAGCCCGUCGUUCCGACCAUUUGACCGGCGGUUCCAGUCGCGUAUCGCAUCGCCCAGCGGCGGCAGCAGCAGCAGCCUGCUCCUCUCGCCGCGGCCAUCGUCGCCCGCCCUCCUGGCCCUAAGCCACGCUUCGUCGCACAGCCGGCACACGUCUGCCGGCAGCCAAUUCCACUUACUGGAGGCGUCUGGUAGCGGCACAGACGCGAAUGUCUCGCCGCCGUGGGAGGUGGUCCGCUGGACCAAGCUGAUCAAGCUGUCGGGCCAGGCUUUUUCCGAAUCGGCGAAGCGCAGCUUUGGCUCGCCCACGUGCAUGGCCAUCUCGACGUGCAUUGUGCUGGGCACGACGAAGGGGAUACUCCUUCUGUUCGACUACAGCCAGAACCUCAAGAUGAUCAUCGGGCCGGGAACACGAGCGGUCGAGGCAGGCGCCAUCAUAUCUCUGGCCAUAUCGUCAGACCACACGACGGUGGCCGGAGGCCAUGCAGACGGAUCCAUCUUCACGUGGGAGAUCAGCCGGGCGUCGCGGCCGUUCCUGCACAUUCCGCCGCUCCAAGGCAAGCAAGCAGAGCCGCAGCACCGGACGAUGGAUGGCCACCUGCACGGAUUCGCGGUGACGCACCUGGGGUUCCUCGGCACACGGCGCACGGCGCUCGUAUCGGCCGACGACCGUGGCAUGGCCUUUGCCCACCUCGCGACGCGGGGAACCGGCUCUCUCGGGCGCACGGUCAAGACGAGCCGGAUUCUGGGGCGCUAUCCCGGGACGCAGCCGGCGGCGACGUCGACCAGGGCGAUCAAGCCCAGCACGGUGCUGGCGUUUGCGCCGCUGCCACUGGGCAACGUGGACCGGGCAACAGACACGAUGGGCCUGACGGCGAUGCUGACGCCGUAUCUGCUCGUGAUCGUGUCGACGACGCCGGUGGCCAACACGCAGCACAAGUCGCCACGGCCCAAGGAGAUCGCGCCGCACAGUGCGAUGAGCGGCUGUCUGGCCUGGUUCCCGGCCGUGCGGUUGAAGGUGGCCGAGGCGCGAACGGGGUCGUCGAUCUCGGCAGCGAAGCUGGUGUACUGCUGGUCGAACGUGCUGACGGUGCUGGACGUGGAGGAAGAGACGGCCGAGGACCAGAGCAAGCCGCCGAACCUGCACUGCCGGGCACGCAGCCGAUGGAAGGGCGAGGAGGCGAUCGUGGCGGUGCAGUGGCUGACACGGUCAGUGCUGGCGGUGCUGACGAUCUCGCAGCGGCUGAUCGUGCUGGAGGACCACAGCAUGCGGGUGACGGAGGCGUUUGACCUGAUGAGCCGGUUCAUCUACCACGCCGACCUGUUCUCGCGGCAGAUUCAAGGCGUGGUGGAGACGCUGGACGAGACGGACACGUCGAUGCACGGGGUGGUGGCGGACGCUUUCUACAUGAGCUUCAAGGCCUACAAGGGGCGGCUGUUCCUUCUGGGGUUCAGCGACGUGGCGAUUGGGGCGCUGUCGAACUGGGCGGACCGGCUGAUCGCGCUGAUGGAGCACGGUGACUACGUGGGGGCGAUCCAGCUGGCGACGGUGUUCUAUACGGGCGACGCGGACAAGCUGACGAUCGGGCUGCCAGAGGACACGGAGACGCGGCACGCGAUGGUACGGGAGCGGCUGAUGGAGAUCAUGGCGGCAUCGCUGCGCCACGCAUUUGGGCAGCGGCGGAAGAAGCGGUGGACGACGGGAACGGACGCAGAGGCGGACGCAGAGGAUCGACAGCAGCUGCAGCAGCUGGCCGAGGCGUGCUUUACGGCGUGCAGCAGCGUGGGCGACCAGGACUUUGUGUUUGACGACAUGUUCGACCGGUUCGAGGAAGCAGGCGUGGAGGGCGUCUUCCUGGAGACGCUGGAGCGGCACAUCCUGGAGCAGACGUUGACGACGAUCCCACCGACAGUGGUCAAGGCGAUGGUGCGGCACUACGUGGGCAAGGGCCUAGAGGGCCGGCUGGAGGAGAUGAUCUGCAACAUGGAGACGGCGACGCUAGACCUGGACCAGGUGACGACGCUGUGCCGGCAACACGGGCUAUACGACGCGCUGAUGUACGUGUGGAACCAGGCGCUGGGCGAUUUCAUCACGCCGCUGGUGGAGCUGCUAUCGCUGCUGGUGCCGGACGGAGACGGAGGCGAGCUGGAGCAGGACAUGCAUGAGACGAACGCGGUCAAGAUGUUUCCGUACCUGUCAUACGUGCUGACAGGGCGGGUGUAUCCGACGGGAACGGCGAUGGACGAGCAGCGGCAGCAGCUGGCCAAGGCGGAGAUCUACUGGUUCCUCUUCUCGGGCAAGAGCGUGGUGUGGCCGCGAGGCGGCAGCGGGCCGACGAGCUCAGUGUUCCGGACGCAGCCAAACAUAGCGGCCGAGCCGUCGUUUCCGUACCUGCGGAUGAUUCUCCAGUUCGACGCGCCCAGUCUGCUGAGCGCGCUGAACGAGGCGUUUGAGGACCCCUUUCUCAACGACGUGCCCGAGAAGCAGCCGGUCAACGGGGCGGGUGAGCAUCUGUCGGAAGAGCAGGCCUUUGGCCGGACGGUCAAUCGACAGUACAUUGUGACGAUCUUGGCGGAGGUGAUGCUGGGCAGCGCAGCUGACUUUGCGGCUACGGACACGAUCUACCUGGACAUGUUCAUCGCGCGCAAUCUGCCCAAGUAUCCGCAGUAUCUGUUGUUGCCGGAGUCGACGUUGAUGCGGGUGCUCUCGGGCCUGUGCGGCUACCCGGGAUCGGACCUGGCAGAGGACGCGCAACUGAGCGCGGAAUAUCUGCUGUCGGUGUACCACCCGCCGGAGAUGGGGCAGCUGCUGCCGCAGUUCAAGGCGGCGGGGUUCUACCGGAUCCUGAAGCGAACGUACCGAGCGGACCGGCAGUACAGCCGGCUGUUGCAGACGUACUUUGAGGACCCGGACGACCGGGUGGGCGUGUUUGCGUGCAUCAGCGAGUGUCUGGCGGACAGCGACGGUGAUCAUAACAACAACAGCAACAGCAGCAGCCUUGUGCGGCGACAGGGCCAGGAGGUGCGCAGCGUGAUGCGCGAGCAUCUCCGGGAGCUGGUGGAGCUGGACGCGGCCGAGGCGGCAAGACGGCUGAACGAGCACGCGGCCGAGCUACACGGCGAGGCACUCGACGCAGCCUCGGACCGACACGAGCUGCAGUACGGCUAUCUCAACGCGAUUCUGGAGGGUGGGACGUCAGCGACCAAAGCAGGCGUCUCCAGCCUGAUAGAGCGGUACGUGCGGCUGAUGUGCGAGUUUGAGCCUGGUCACGUGUCGGAGUACGUCGGGACGAUGCAGACAGCGGACCUUCGGCUGGACGAGCUGCUGCCGACGAUGGAGCAGACGGGCGUGAUCGACGCGGCCGUGGUGCUGAUGGCGCGUGAGGGACAGGUGAAGGAAGCGAUGGGACGACUGGUGCAGCAGCUGCACACGCUGGAGGCAGCAGUACAGGGAGUUUUGGGGGAGGAGGUGGAGGCAAGAAGCGAAAGCGAUGGAUCCAACGCGACGGUGAUACAACAAGACGCGGCCGAAGACCUGAUGCGGGCGUUGCAAAAGUACACACACGUGGGCAUCUGGUUGUGUCAGAGCCAGACGAAGACGACACGGAAACAGGGCAGCUCACAGGCAGUCGACACGAAAGUGGACGAUGACGAACGACACCUGUCGGCCGAUGAAAGGCUGUGGCUGGACCUGAUCGACACAACGGUGCAGAUCACGCGCAACCUGUCGGGGAGAGUGGCGGCCGAAGGAGGCGACGAGGCCGAACAGAAGCUGGUAGGGCUUCUGCGGUCGCUGGUGCAGCACACGUUUACGGCGCUGUUGAAGACGGCGACUGCGAGCAGCAGCAGCAGCAGCAGCAUGACCACCAAUAUUUCCUUCCUUCGGGUGCUCAAGGCAUUUCUGACACGGGCAGCGGCGUCGUCGCCGAGCCUGGCGGACCUGCGAGCAGUGCUUGGGUCCAUCUUUGCGGCGUACGCGUACGAAGAGGCGAUUCUGCGGCUGUCGAACCGACUUUUGGAGCGCAGCCUUUUUGUGAGCGUGCACCGAUCGGUGGAGCUGAGGCAGCGCGGGUGGCGUGCCCGGGGAUCGGCCUGCGAGGCCUGUGGCCGUCGAGUCUGGGGGCCGGGCGUGACGAGCGGUGGCGGCGGCGUGGGCAUCUACGAAGCCUGGGAGGCGAAGCAGGCGGCCGAGGCGCAGAAACGCAGCGAGCAUAAGGGAGUGAUGCUGGCGGGAGGAGGAAGAGGUGGUGGUGGUGGUGGUGGUGGAAGCGAACGAAACGACGGCAGCGACAGGGACCGAAAAGGCAAGGGCAAGCAGCUGACAGACGGCGACGGCGGACGUGGUAACGAAAAGCCGCUUUCGGGAGGACACAAGGGUCAGAGCCAACAGAUGCAGCAGAUGCAGCCUGACAGCCAGACCGACCAAUCACAGCCUCCCGACGGCCGGACCGCACAGGCCGACCAAAACACACAGCCUCUCGGGCCGCUCGUGCUGUUCGCCUGCCGACACAUUUACCACCAGGCCUGCUUGGACGCACUGCAGCCGACGGCACAGACCGGGCCGGACUACAGAUGUCCCAUUGACGGCUGA